AUGGAAAGUGAUAAAAUCUCUGAAGCGUCUUCAUUUUUUACUUUUGGAGAUAUUAAAAGACGUGUGAAGGAGAAGAAGAAUGGUGCUCUAAAAAUUACAAAGCUAAAUACGUCUUUUGCAUCUAAAAUCAAAACUAAGAUAAUAAACAACUCCUCGUUGUAUAAGGCUUCUCUGAAACACAAUAAUAAGGCAUUGGCCAUGGCCCUCAGUGCAGAGAAAGAAAAUUCUCGGAGGCUGAAAAAUGUAAACCUGUUAUUACAAGAAGAAGUGGAUGAGCUGCACUUGCAGAACGUCUUACUUUGCCAAAAGUUAAAUUGUCUGAAUAAAACCCUCAUUGAAAUAGAAGCAUUCCUGAAUAAUAACCUUUUAUCUGCAAUUGAAUUGAGCACCAUUUCUGAGCAUGUUCCCAAACUUCUAAAACCUGUAGCAUUGGAAGGAGACCAAUGCAACAGUUUUGGUCAUCAGUCUGAGACUUCUGGCCACUAUAUUAGAUCUAUUGGGCAACUUGAGAGUGCUCCUUAUAUUACAGAACAUGAUGGAAAAAAGCAAAAUAACAUAUCUGUAUGUGAAGUAGAUGAACUUAUUAAACAGAUACCUGUACCAUCAAAAGAAAUUGCAGCAGAUCAAAUCAAUAUUGAGUUACUAGUUUCUGAGAAAAUGCCAAAACCAAGUGAAGGUAAUAAAAUGGAAACUGUAUUUAUCUCAAAUACAUUUUCAGAAGAAAAUCAGUUAUGUGUGGAGGAAGUAUCUAGUAAUACCUUCAUGUCAGAUCUUGAUAAUGUAUCUUCUGUAGAAGCAAUUAAAAGACAUUCAAAGGCACAUCAUAGUCCACUUCCAUUCCAUGGAUAUGUGACUGAAAGGAAGAAACAAGGGAUAUCUUGCAUAUCAAAUGCUCAAACUAUUAUCAACAAUUUUAAUACAAAAAUAGACCCAAAAAGCAUGUUGAACUGUGGCACUGGCAAAGUCUGCAUGGCUAAUGAGAUAGGUAACCAGAUAGCCCUGAAUAGUGUUUCGCACACUGAAUCAUCUCCCCAAUCUAGCAAUGAGCUUGCUCACAUAAAUAAGGUACGUUUUAUAAAUGAUCAACAGUCAGAAGAAACUCUAUAUGAUGCUGACAUGGAACUGACUGCUAGUGAACUAGGAGAGAUACUCAUAAUUAAAUCAAAAGCCAAAGAAAAGAAUGCUAAUAUAGUUAAAGCUGAUGAAAUAUCAGCAAAUUUGAGAAAAGUGAAAUAUUCAAAUACAGAAAAACAGAUAAAAAAUAAAUGCAACAAUAAACCUAGAAAAAGUAAUGAAAAGGUUCCAAGUAACAGAAAGGUUAAAAACCUCAGAAGUAUUGAAUCUAAAAAAAAUCUACCACAAAGAAAAGAAUUGUUUCAAAGAAAUUUUCAGGUAACAAAAUUGAAGGACACCAGUGAACACAAUGUUGUAGAAGAUUCCAGGAACAGGAACAAGGAUGACAGACAGAUGUAUCCAGUAGACCUAAAGUGUCAGCUACAAACUACUAAUAUUUUACAAACAGAAAAAAUUAAAGAUAUAAUUUCUGAAACCGUAGACAAUUCAGGCAACCAGGCUCCAGAACAAGGCUUUAUAGAAAGUGAUAUCUCUGAUGUAACGGCUACAAAAAAGGAUUUAGACAUAAGUGAGGAUACUUAUCCUGUUGCUUCCAAAAUCAAUAAAUCAAAUUACUAUGAAAUGGGAAAUGGGCAGUAUAUAAGAAGAAAUUUGAAUGGAAUUAGAUCACAUGAAUGCAUAUCUGAUAGCCAGAAAAAACAAGGUCAGAAGGCCAAUAUAAAAAGCGGAUAUAACAAUAGAGAAGUUACUUGCCAGUACAGUUCAAUAGAGAGAUCUAGUCAUGUUUUAGUUGCUCCAAAAACAGUUCAAAUGAAUGAAGAGUUUUCACAUGGUGAUAAAAGGAAAAUUUUUGCAAAAGCUAGCCGGAAGACAUAUAUUAUAUACCCAAACUCACUUAAUGAGAAAAAAUCUUCUGUGGAACAAGAAUUACAAGAUGAAAAUAUUGCACAUAGUGAUAUCCACACGACAACUGAAAACAUACAAAGACAUUUUGAUGUUCAGAAUGUUACAACUUCAUGCUCUGUAAAGGAAGCUGAAUGUUUUGCUGAAAUAUUUCCAAAAAAGGUAGAUUCAAAGACAUGCAGAAAGACCUAUGUUGUUUGUUCAUGUGAUCAAGAUAAAAGCAUAGACGAAGUUAUUCCUGAGGAUAUUGAAACAACCACUGGGUUCUGUAAAAUUCCAAAAAAUGUUCCAAUUCUGAAGAACUCUCAAAUUUUACCAAACAAUUAUCAAGAAAAAAAUGACUGUGUUUCUAAAGGGAAGGUGAACAGAAUUUGUGAAGACUCUUGCAACAGAACACCAGUACCAGACACUGGUAUUAAACCUCUCCAAGAACUGACAAAUAUCAGGAUACAAUCCCUUCCAAAACCCAAAAAAGAUUUAGAAGAAAAUUUCACACCACCGAUUAGGCGCAGGCGAACAACAGUUUGCUACAAAGAACCCAACAUCAAAAGCAAAUUGAGGCGAGGAGAGGAGUCCACAGAUAAAGGGUUUUGUAAUUCUCCAAUCUCCAAAGUAAAAAAUAAGCAAAAUUUUAAAAGUAAAUCAAGAUUAAUCUAA